AUGGCUGCAGAAAGAGCCCCGAAGCCUCAGAGAAAUUCUAAAAGCGCGGUCCACACAUUAAAUUGUGCGACUGCAAAAGCUGGCACCAUUAUCUCAUCACCUGCUACUUCUAGUUUGCCCUCGACCACCAGUUCUCAUAAGUCUCCAGUAAAAUUACAUUCCACCUCUACUCCGACAUUGAGUGAAGAUGCUUCCAGCUCUCCUUUGCAGCAGUCAAGCCUACUACCAUUAGCCACAUUGUCACAUUUGCCACUUAUUUUAAGUCAACUUGAUGUCAAUUAUACUUUCUUGCAAGGCACUUUAGAAGAGAAAGUUUAUAUGGAACAACCCCUUGGUUUUGUGAAGUAUCAGUACCCUUCUCAUGUUUGCAGACUUCACAAGGCAAUCUAUGGUCUUCGUAAAGCACCUCGAGCUUGGUAUAUGGAGUUUAAGAAUUUCAUAUGUUCCAUUGGGUUUGCUCGUUCCAAAUUAGAUACCUCUCUGUUUACAAUGCGUGGUCCAGGUUUUGUUCUUUUCCUACUCUUGUACGUAAAUGAUAUUAAUUUGACGGACUCAUCCAACGCCAAGAUACUUCAAGUCAACAAAGCACUUGUUGCCCGCUUCUCGCUCAAAGACUCAACUGUGCUCACUUAUUUUCUUGGUGUUGAAGUUUGUCGAACUACCACAAGUCUUUAUCUCUCCCAGAAGAAGUAUAUUACUGAUUUUCUUCAUCGGCUCAAUAUGUUUGAUGCCAAAGGUGUUACCACACCUCUUGCAGGCUCUGUUAUACUUAAACUUACAGAUAGAUCUGCCCCUACGGAUCAAAAUUCAUGCACCAGCCAACCCACCUCCACUGGCGAGCUGCCAAACGUGUUCUGUGCUAUCUCAAGGCUACAUCUACCAUUUCUCUUUAUCUUGAUCUGUGCCUCGUUUGAUCUCAUUACUUACUUGGACUCUGAUUGGAGUGGAAAUCCAGUUGAUAAAUGCUCUACUAGUUCUUACGUUGUGUUCCUUGGAAUCUUACCUAUUAGUUGGUCUUCUAAGAAGCAACAGACAGUAGCUCACUCCUCCACUGAAGCUGAAGAUAAGACCAUUGCCAACGUAGCCACAUAA